AUGCUUCCAAUUAAUUGGACAAAUGUUGUUGCAGUCAAUGUCAACGGCUAUCGAAACCAAAAUGAAGAUGUAUAUGGAGUGAUGACUACAAAAAGCAGUGAGUUUGAAAAAACAAAUGUGGUCUUAGAUGAUAGUUUAAGAUUAAAAUUGGCACAACACAGACCUAAAACAGUAGUUGAUAUUAAGAGUAAAGACUGUACACGAUUAGCAACAUCUGAUCAACAUUUAUUCCAUUGUAAACUGGAUGAAAUAUAUGCUUUUGAAAUAAAUAGUAUGGAACGACGGCAUAUUCCAUGGGAUAAAGACGAUUGGAUAAUUGAUAUAUGUUAUUCAACUUUAUUGGAACUAUUUUUCAUAUGGAGUAAUAGUGGUUUUUAUACAUUCGAUUCAUCAACAAUGGAAAAACGGCAAACGAUAGAAAAUAUUCGUGAUACUGGAACUGGAUGGUAUCGUUGCACAUGUUUCGAUAAAUUCUUGUUCUUAUCAUAUGAUUAUAAUAUUGAACAGCGAAAGAUUGAAAUAGAAGAAAAUGAAUAUGAACUAAUAAAUGAAUGGAAAUUAGCUGUUGAGAAUGAUAAUGAAUUGAUUAGAUGCAUGAAGGUGAACGAACUACGUAUAGUGUUAGGUAUCGGCGAGUAUCACAGGACUGAUCGAUUUGAAUUGCAUGAUUAUAACAUGAACAUCUUACAUACUUUGAAUUUUAACAUUUUGGACAUUGCUUUAUUACCACAUGCGAAGUGGUUAAUUGUAGUUAAAUCAUCAAAUAAAUUAACAAUUGUAAACAACGAUGGUGAAGUUGAAGAAACAACGUACUAUAAUUGCAAGGAUAAUGUAUUAAAUUCCAUUACAUUUGGCUCAAAUAUGCUUGUCAUUGAAACAUGUAAUCAACUCUAUUUUCAUGAUAUUUAA